GAAAUAGCCGCAUUUCCCGCAUGCGUAGUGCUGAUAGGGUGGCGGUAACGUAUCGGGUUAGCCGCUGCUGCUCGCUCCAGCGUUUCCCUACAGUUGUGGAUCGCCAGAGUUUCUUUAACAAUGGAAUAUACGUUGUUUAGAGAACUCUACGCUUUCCUCCACAACAGAGAAGUUCCGUCGUCCGACGAAGAGCGGCGGAAAGUUAAAAGAAUGGCGACGAACUUCACACUACGAGAUAACAGACUUUACUAUACUGGACCCAGCAAGGAGUACAUGCGCAUGGUGGUCAUGUCGGACGAGGAGAAGAAGUCUGUUCUGAUGGAAUGCCACAUUAACCCUACUAACGGGAAGCACUUCGGUUUGAGAGGUACCCGAAACAGGGUCAUUGCUGGCUACUACUGGCAAACGAUAAACCACUGCGUCUCCGAAUGGCUAAGAUGUUGUCCUCUUUGCCGGCUGAAAAUUCCAGAGAAGACUUUGCCUCCACCAUCACAACCCACAAAGAUCAAAGAACCUUGGGAGGCGAUUGCCAUGUACGUAAUCGGGCCAUUCUCAGAAACGCUCGAAGGGAACCAAUAUGUCCUGACGUUGAUCGACUUGUUCACCAAGUUUGUGGUGGCAGAACCUCUGAAGUCCAAGAUUGUGGCUGAGGUCUCGCCAGUCUUGACCUCAAAGUUGUACACAUUUGGUUUUGUCAGGAAAAUCAUCACUGACCAGGGAAAUGAGUUUGUCAGACAGCUCAACGACAUAAUUUUCAACGAACUGAACAUUGAACAGGUCGUCUCCAGUGAGUGCCAACCUAAGGCCAACGCCCAGGACGAGAGGAUCAAGCGGGCUCUGAGAAAGUACAUCAACCAGAACCAGGGUUACUGGGACAUUAACCUUGCUGCUGUGGUGUACAACUUGAACACUACAAAACAGCCCUCCUUCCGCCACAGUCCGUAUUUUCUAUUCUUCCAACGCCAUCCCCGUCGUCCAGUUAUGAUUAACGCCUGUCCCUUGGAUGAUAACUUUGAAGUCGCAGUUCCAGGAGAGGACACCGACACCAGAGAUAAGGAGAUGACGUUUCUGAAUGAACAGGCUCUUAACGACACCGAGGAGGCACAGGACACCCAGGGGACGAGCUUUGGAACACAGAAACAAAACCAAGCUGCUGCAGUCAAAAUGCCUGAGAGUAGAAAGAGGAAGAGGUUGAGCUCGUGUUCUUCUCCCAGGAUGUUAAUCGAGUCGCCUGGAAGGUCAGAGUUCCCAGCAAGCACCAGUAUGUCUAUGAUGAGUGAUACUUCAAAGUAUAAUCCACCAAACUUCAACCUAGAAGAAAAACAAAGGUCAGAGUUCACAGCUUGUACCAGUAUGUCUAUGAUGAGUGAUACCUCAAAGUAUCACCCACUGAACUUCAGCCUAGAAGAAAAACAAAGGUCAGAGUUCACAGCAAGCACCAGUAUGUCUAUGAGGAGUGAUACCUCAAAGUAUCACCCACCAAACUUCAGCCUAGAAGAAAAAAAAAGGUCAGAGUUCACAGGUGGCAACACUGUGUCUAUUAGGAGUGAUAACUCAAAGUAUCACCCACCUAACUUCAGCCAGGAAGCAAAACAAAGGUCAGAGUUCACAGCAGUCAGCAGCGUGUCUAUGAGGAGUGAUACCUCAAAGUAUCACCCACCUAACUUCAGCCAGGAAGCAAAACAAAGGUCAGAGUUCACAGGUGGCAGCAGUGUAUCUAUGAAGAGUGAUACCUCAAAGUAUAACCCACCUAACUUCAGCCAGGAAGCAAAACAAAGGUCAGAGUUCACAGGUGGCAGCAGUGUGUCUAUGAGGAGUGAUACCUCAAAGUAUAACCCACCUAACUUCAGCCAGGAAGCAAAACAAAGGUCAGAGUUCACAGGUGGCAGCAGCGUGUCUAUGAGGAGUGAUACCUCAAAGUAUAACCCACCUAACUUCAGCCAUGAAGCAAAACAAAGGUCAGAGUUCACAGGUGGCAGCAGUGUAUCUAUGAGGAGUGAUACCUCAAAGUAUAACCCACCUAACUUCAGCCAGGAAGCAAAACAAAGGUCAGAGUUCACAGGUGGCAGCAGUGUGUCUAUGAGGAGUGAUACCUCAAAGUAUAACCCACCUAACUUCAACCAGGAAGAAAAACAAAGCCAGAACUUGAGCUGCUCAGCAUGUGGUCAGAUUCCAAAUACUCUGGUCCUGUUCAAGUGUGGACAUUUAUCAUGCCAACAAUGUAUUGACUCACUACUGGGGUCUGGCUGUCCAAUCUGUGAAGCGAAACCCAAAAAAGUGACAGGGGAUCAGAGUCUCCAAGAACCAAAGAAAAAACUUAGAAAGGCAAUGCAGCAGAAAUUUGAUUUAACAUCUGAGGGUAUCAGAGACCAAAAGAGCCCCCUGAAAAGCAUCUAUACAACACUUUACAUCACCACUCGAGCCCCUGAGGAACUUUCAGGAGAACAUGAGUACUCAAGUCUGAAGUUUGUUUUAAAAAUGAAGCCAUCAGGGGAUUUUUCAGUCCAACUCGAUACCCUCUUCAAACAGUUUGCACACAAAGAUAAACCCCAGAGAAUGAUCCUGACGAAUGGAAUCGCAGGAAUCGGAAAGUCCUUCGCCGUUCAGAAGUUCAUUCUUGACUGGGCAGAAGAAAAAUUCGAACAGGAUGUGGACUUUGUCUUUUUUCUUGCUUUUCGAGAGCUACAUAUGUGCAAGGGAGAGAAAAGCCUUCUGCAGGUUCUGAUUGACUUUCAUCCUUCUCUUCAGCUCAACGAUUUGAAGAGUUUGGAACAAACCAGAACAAUUGUGAUCCUUGAUGGCUUUGAUGAAAGCAGACUUCAGCUGGACUUUGACAACUCCAAAACAAUAACAUCCAUCAGUGAGAGAACAACUGUGGAUAAUCUGCUUGUAAACCUCAUUAAGGGUAACAUUCUUCCAAAUGCAAACAUCUGGAUAACUUCUCGUCCUGCAGCAGCAAAUCAAAUCCCAGCAAAGUAUGUGAACAUGGUGACAGAGAUUAGAGGAUUUAACGAUGCACAGAAAGUCGAAUACUUCAGGAAGAGACUGAGUCCAGAUUUGAGUCUUGCUGAAAGAGUCAUCUCACACAUUCAGUCCUCACAGACUCUUGACAUGAUGUGCCAGAUUCCCAUCUUCUGCUGGAUUUCUGUCAUCUUGUUUCAAGAUGUUUUUAGAGGAGAUGAAGAAGCAGAAACCCCUAAAACUCUGACUGAGAUGAUGGCCCACUUCCUGUUUGUCCAGACAAAACGCAGAUGCAGAAAAUAUGAGAAGAGUGAGACAAGCAAAGAGAAGCUUCUGAAAACUCACAGAGAUUUCCUCCUGAAACUUGGAAAACUUGCAUUUGUUCAGCUGCAGGAGAACAAACUCAUCUUCUAUGAGGACGACUUGAAAGAAUGUGGGAUUGAUGUAGAAGAAGCAUCGGUCUACUCUGGAUUUUGCAACACAGUUCUUCGAAAUGAAGAAAUCUUCUUCCAGAGAAAGAUCUUCUUCUUUGUGCAUCUUACCAUUCAGGAGUUCUUUGCAGCUAUUUAUGUCCAUGAAUGUCUUGCUACCAACACCACUGGAGAUCUGAGCAGUUUUCUUGAUCUGAAGUUAAAGCAUUCUUUACUCGACCUUCUAAAAAAGACAGUGGACAAAGUGUUGGAGAAGAAGAAUGGUCACCUGGACUUUUUCCUGAGAUUCCUCCUUGGCUUGAUGGUGGAAUCCAACAAGAGAGUACUCAACGGUUUGCUGACCCCACUGGAUCCAAAGCAAGAAACGGACAAGAAAAUCUUGACGUACCUUAGAUCCAUCCGAAGAAAGACCCUGUCUCCAGAUAGUUGCAUCAGCAUUUUCCAGACCAUGGUGGAGAUGAGAGACCACAAAGUCAAAGAUGAGAUUGAGGAAUAUCUGAAACUGUCAGAUCAUUCAGAAACGGAGCUGACUCCUCUUCACUGCUCUGCUCUGGCCUUCAUGCUGAUGAUCUCUAAGAAUGAAUUAGAGGAACUGAAUCUGAAGAGUUACAAGACGUCAGAGGAAGGCAGAAGGAGACUGAUACCAGCAGUGAGGAGCAGCAAGAAAGCUGUGUUGAGAGAGUGCAAAGUGACUGAAGAGUGGGUUGAACAUCUGGCCUUUGGUCUCAAGUCCCCAUUCUCACCUCUGCGAGUCCUGGACCUGAGCACCAAUGACUUGAGAGACUCAGGAGUGAAGAAACUUUGUGUUGGACUUUCAAAUUCUUGCUGCAGACUGCAGAAGCUGAGGUUGUCUGGUUGCAUGGUCACAGAAGAAGGCUGUUCUCAUCUGGUCUCGGCUCUGCAGUCAAACCCUUCCCACCUGACAGAUCUGGACUUGAGCUACAACCAUCCAGGAGACUCUGGAAGGAAGAUGCUGUCAGAGCUGAAAGACGAUCCUCGAUAUGCCCUCAACACACUCAAUCUGAAUUACGGUGGAGAACAUCGGAUGAAACCAGGACUCAAGAAGUAUGCCUUUAGGUUCACUCUGGACUCCAACACAGCACACAGGAACCUGCUUCUGUCGGACAUGAACACCAAGGUGACCUGGGUGGAAAACAAGCAGCCAUAUUCUCCUCACCCCGAGAGGUUCGAUCAGCAGUUCCAGGUGAUGUCUGAGCAGGGCGUCCAACACAGCUGCUUCUUUGAGGUGGAGAAGGAGGAGCCCUUCAGCGUCGGCUUAACGUACAAAAGCAUUGAAAGGAAGGGAGAUUCCACCGACAGCAGGCUGGGAUCCAAUGAGAAAUCUUGGAUCAUGUCAUGCACUAAGAGCGGCUGUUAUGUUCGACAUGGAAACGAGGUCUUCCACGUGACGUCCUUAUGUCCACGCUCCAGUCACGUUGGAGUGUUCCUUGAUUGGGAGGCGGGGGAACUGUCCUUCUACAGAGUUUCUAAUGAUAAUCUGACCUUCCUCCACACGUUCCAGGAAUGCUUCAGCGACGCUCUCUAUGCUGCAGUAGAAAUGAACCCUCAGUCCUACGCUCACUUUUGUCACGUAACCUGAUCCUGAUACUCCAUGACCAUGACAGAGACUAAGAAGGUUUAGAAGAUGGAUUGAAGGGAAAUACUCAGUUAUCAUAGUCAACUACCCUCUCCAGCAAACAAAUAGUUUAGUUUGGUUUUAACGGUUAACAGGAAAGUUGUAUUUGCCUGGCUGCAUUUUGCUAAGUGUGGCAUCAGUUUGAGAAGGGGCGAUGGUGGUUAUUUUAGGAGCUGUUCUGGAAGAAGGAAUGUUUCACCGUAACAGAAGAGUUUAGAGAUAUUCCCUUCCUGUUCCAACGUGGCCGUACAUCAGAGAACAUAGAAGGUCCAUUAGGAUAUGGAUGAAGGACCAGACAAACUUGACUUGCUUGCACAGUCCUGACCUCAACCUGAUGGAACCCUUUGGGAUGACUUGGAACAAGACGGAGACAAGUCAACAUCAGAAAUAGAACUUUCAGAGGAGCAAAGGAUGUUAUAGCAGUAAAGGGUGGAUUGAUGGAAAGUUGAACAAAAUGUGACAAAAUAGAGGAAAAUAAGACGGAAACUGUCCCGUAUUCCCAACACGUUCUCAUUCUGAAGUAUAAAGCGUUCCGCGCCACGUUUUGAGGUUUUGGGUGUCCCCAACUUGUUUUUUGACGUCCUGGCUUGUCCAAUUAAAUCAGGGGUCAUUUUGUCAGACACGGUAUCUGACGUGAACCGAACCUCAGGACGCAGCCGGUACCAGUGCCCUAAUCCUAGCCCAGUCUGUGUGUGGUACCGUGUUAAGGUUAGGCUAAGGGUAGCGGUACCGAUUUGUGGCCGGAAGGAUGGAGAGCCUUGAUGCAACUGGAACAGCCAGCUCGUCAAAAACAACGAGUUUGGGACACCCAAAACGCCAAAAAGUGACGCGGAGGGGUCCUUAGCCCAACGUCAACAUGUGAAGACUUAGGAAUGAGAAGGUGUUAAAUCAAUCAUAACAUACAAAGGAAUUCCUGACCCAACACUCCAGUCAAUACUUCCUGAGUUUAGCAGCUUUCUCAAAAUACAAGUGAUCGAGCUCAUGCACGUUACAUGAGGAUUAUUUCAGAUAGCUUUACAUGCUUGUGUGAUGAUGUAAUUGAUUCACUUUGGUUUUACUGCUGUUCUCUGACAUUGUGGUGAAGUCUGUCUUUAGCAUGUUAGCAUCAGUUUUACUUGCAGUGUUUGCUUUCAAGCUAACAAGAAGAUGGAAAUCUAAAUGAUGAAACCCAUUGGCUAAAUUUACAAAUAAUUAUCCAACAUUGAGCAGCCUCAACAAGCAUUUAUAAAAACACAAUAUUUUCAUUAUUAUUUUUUCUUAACUAGCAAGUCAACACUGUUACUCAUUAGCUCUUUAUCAUGAUGUAGUAGGAACUUUCCAUGGUACAGCUGGAAGAAGAGUCGUUCGUUUGGAAUUAGCAAUACAGAUUGGACAACAGACAUUACAAAUGUAAAACUUGAAAGUCCCUAAAUACGUAGACGAUAAACUGGUAAGUAAGCUAGGUUAGCAAAGCCUCUCGCUAAUUAAAAAAAUUGAUUACUGCUGUUUUUUUAUAUUAAAUAUUUUACCAAUUUACAAACUUUGCAAAACUAUUGUUUUUGUAUUGUCAAGUUUUGGUUAAAAAAUGUAUUUUUUUUUUUUUGUUUAAGGGGCUAGCAGUUAACAUAUUAGCCACCUAACAUGCUAAUGUUGACUCAGAAAUGAUAUUUGUUUGAUGGAAAUUAUUUUUUCGCUCAUGUCUGCCAUCGUGUUUCCAGAUUGAAACCCUGUCUUCUGAUUGUUUUUGUUUAUGCAGUUCGUUGAUUAAACUGCUUUUGUUACAAUGUUUUCAUAGUAUUAUUUUACUGGAUCUUUUAUUCCAUUUUGAAGUAUUUAGAUAAGAGUUUACUUCAAGCUUUGCUACAUAACCAUAAUCAGUAAAUUAAAAAAAACUGAGUGCAAACUACUUUUCUUAUUUUGAUUAUCCUUUUUUUGUGUUUUAUCUUUUUACCAAGAAAUGUCAUUGGUUCAUUAAUGUUGGUGUGUUCAACACAUUACAAUAUUUUGCCAUUUCGGGUUUAGUUGCAUUGGUGGAAAAAUCUUUGUAUAAUCAUUAUGUAAAGCUGCAAUAUCUGCUUGAUUUUAUUUUACCAAUAGAUUUUGUACUUAGCUGCUAAAUCUACACUAUAUUAAGUCUGUUUUUGUUGAUGUGUGUUAAUAAAAUGACUCAAACCAUUUAUUUCUUCUUUACACUUUUUCACAAUAAAAUUAUUUUUUUA